UCCGGACCUGCUUUGUCUGUGAAUGAACGCCGUAGUCUGUAGUAGAGAUGUGGACUGAAAUCGGAAAACUACUAUUUUUCCAUUUGUUAGUCAUGGAGCUUCACUCAACAAAAGGAACCGAGGAGGAGUGCGAAGACGGACAGUUUCAGUGCAAUAAUAAGAGGUGUAUACCAACUAUAUGGAGAUGCGACGAUGAUGAUGACUGCUCGGAUAACAGUGACGAGGAGAACUGUCCGAGGAAAACAUGUGCGCCCACAGACUUCGCCUGUCAGAACGGCCACUGCGUGUCUGGUCGCUGGCGCUGUGAUGGAGAGCCCGAGUGUCCAGAUGGGUCAGACGAGGCCGACUCCAUAUGCAUCCGACAGACAUGUCCCCCAGAGAAAUUUGACUGUGGCGGGAAGUGUGUGUCGUUGUCGUGGCGAUGCGACGGUGAGAAGGACUGUGAGAAUGGGGCUGAUGAGGAGGACUGUGCAGCAGAUGCCCGCGCCUGCCCCACUGGUGAGUUCCAGUGCCACAAUCGCAGGUGCCUGGCGCUGCCCUACGUGUGUGACGGGGACGACGACUGCGGCGAUGGCAGCGACGAGGCCAAGUGUGCACCACCCACCUGCGGCCCGCACGAGUUCCGCUGCAACAGCUCCGAGUGUGUGCCGCAGCCCUGGAGCUGCGACGGUGACCCCGACUGCUCCGACGGCUCCGACGAGUGGCCCCAGCGCUGCGGAGCUGCAGGAGGGGGAAAAGGAGGAGGGGCGGAGGGGGGGGGGCGACCCCCCGCACCCCCACCAGCCCGCAAGCUAGAGUGCUCGCCUGGAGAGUUCCGCUGCGGCAGUGGCGAGUGCAUCCGGCCAGCCUGGAGAUGCGACAGAGACCCCGACUGCAAGGACAAGUCGGACGAGGCAGACUGCCCGGUGCUAACGUGUCGGCCCGAUGAGUUCCAGUGUGGAGAUGGCUCAUGCAUCCACGGUACCAAACAGUGCAACAAGGUGCACGACUGUCCUGACCACAGCGACGAGGCUGGCUGUGUCAAUGCGACCAAAUGUGAAGGCCCUCAUAAGUUCCUGUGCAAAAACGGCGAGUGCAUCGACAGUGACAAAGUAUGCGACGGCGCCCGUGACUGCAAGGAUCGCUCAGACGAGCCCAAGAAAGAGUGCGGCUUGAACGAGUGCCAGCUCAACAACGGGGGCUGCUCGCACGUCUGUGUGGACAGGCCCAUUGGCUUCGAAUGCCAGUGCCCAGCAGGGUACAAGCUGCUGGACAAGAGAACGUGUGGAGAUAUCGAUGAGUGUGAGAACCCAGACGCCUGUAGCCAGAUCUGCGUCAACCUCAAAGGGGACUUCAAGUGCGAGUGUCACCUGGGCUACGAGAUGGACCCCGUCAGCAAGACCUGCAAAGCCGAAGGGAAGAGUCCAUAUCUGAUGUUUACCAACCGCCACGAGAUCCGGCGCAUCGAUCUUGUGAAGAGAGACUACACCCAGGUGGUGCCCACGCAGAAGAACGCCGUUGCCCUGGACGUGGACGUGGCCUCCAACCGGAUGUUCUGGUGUGACCGCUUCCACCGGAGGAUCUACAGCGCCUACAUCCACGAGGCCAGCGACCCCUCUCGGCAGCUGACGCUGAUAGACUCGUCCCUGCACUCUCCAGAGGGCCUGGCUUUGGACUGGGUCCAGCACAACCUCUACUGGACAGACUCCGGCGACAGAUCCAUCUCCGUGGCAACAGCCGACGGAGCAAAGCGCAAAGUUCUGAUUGACAGCGACCUGAGUGAACCGCGGGCCAUCGUGGUGGACCCAGACCGAGGCUUCAUGUACUGGUCCGACUGGGGCACCAGGGCCAAGAUCGAGAAGGCCGGCAUGAACGGAGUGGACCGGCAGAUCCUGGUGUCCGAGGGCAUCGAGUGGCCCAACGGGAUCACUCUGGAUCUCUUGAGCAGGCGUCUGUACUGGGUGGACUCCAAGCUGCACCUCAUCUGCAGUGUGGACCUGAGUGGAGCUCAGCGCAGGGUGGUCCUGGCCUCGACCGAGAGGCUGGGUCACCCAUACGCCCUCGCUGUAUUUGAGGAUCGUGUGUAUUGGACUGACCGUGAGAAGGAGGCCGUUUACAGCGCCAAUCGCCUGACUGGACAAGAGCUGACCGCCCUGGCUGAGAACCUCAACGACCCUCACGACAUAAUGGUGGUGCAUGAGCUCCGGCAGCCAAAAGGCGUGGACAGCUGUAACAUGGGUGGGAUAGAGAAUGGCGGCUGUGACUUCUUGUGUCUGAGAGCGCCGCAGAUUACUGAGCACUCGCCCAAGUACACCUGCGCCUGCCCCCACGGAGAAGAGCUGGGGGAAGAUAUGCGCCGCUGUGUCCCCGCUACACCAUCUGCCCAAGACUCCAACUCCACAGCAACGUUGAACACAUCCAUGACCAUCACCAUGGAAACUGCAUCCGUUAUUCCGCCAAACUCCACCGGCCCUAGAGGCCCGGUGGUGGCGACCUCAGAGAUUGCAGUGACUGGCCUCACACCUGCACCCCCCAUCACCAGCAUGGCCGAUGCCCAGCCACCGUCCAACUGGACGCUGCAUCCCAGCAGCAGCAGCAGCAGCAGCAGCAACACCUCUGCUGGAGCCAUCCCCACUGUCCCUGGAGAGAUCAGUAACCUGUCCCAUCACGCUGGCAAUGAGCUGUUUCUCCUUGGCAACAAUCUGACGGUGGCGGUGCUGGGCAUUGUUAUUCCCAUAGUUCCUAUCGUUGCCACAGUGGUCUUCGGCAUGGUGUGUGCCGGCGUCUACCUGGUGUGGCGCAACUGGCAGAGCAAGAGCACCAAGAGCAUGAACUUCGACAACCCGGUCUACCGCAAGACCACCGGCGAGACCGAGGAGGACGAGAUCCACAUCGGCCGGACCGAGGGUCUGGUGGGCCCGCACCACCACCACCACCACCACCCCUCCUACCCUGGCCCCGUGGGGGGCAUGCCCAGCGUGGGGGGCAGCGCCGGGGGGAGUGGGGGCACGUGUCCGCCUUUCAUCGCACUACCCAUGGGCAGCGCACUGCCUGACCCAGCAACGCACUGGUACACCGAGCAGCCCACCAUCGCCGGCCCAAAAUGACAGUCUGUGCACACCCCCCCCCCCCCCCCCCCCCCUUCCCAUCCCCUCCCCCAAGGCAGGAGUGGUGGGACAGAGUGGCUUCCAGGCCAAAGAUUUAACUAGUGUGCUUAGUGGUCAGACUGUGGUCAGAUUGUGACAGUGAGACUCAUUCGCACAUGACAUCCCUGAACAGUGGGCCCACGCUCAGAAGCCCCCCCAAACCAUCUCCCAACCUCACCCCCUUCUCACAGCUCACUGAUGGACGCCUCACUGAACUCGUCCUGACGGUUGUGGGGGGGGGAGGACUGACACAGGCGACCUUCACAUGCCCCCUCGGGGCACUGGAGCCGGAUGCUGUUAAUAGGCAUAAGGUGGCAUCUUCAGUCCCUCACCUGGACUCUAUUGGCUGUGUGUGUGUUCCUAAAGAGGAUAGGUGUGUGUGGUGAUGCUUCAGUGUAAGGCUCCGUCAGGUAAACUGUGACCCUCUUCGCCCCUUUUUCACACAUUGAGUGCGUGCUCUGCACGAGAAAGGAACUGCGUCUGGUUUGUGAUGUGAAGUGAUAACGUGGUGAGAUCUGUCAACGCCUCGUCCCUCUUUGAGAUCUCAAUAAGGAUGCAGGGACGAGAGACCCCUGGGGUCCCUGUUUUUGUGUUCUGUUCUUUCUUCCCCCAGUGGCUCAGCUUUGCCUUUUUUAUUUAUUUAUAUAUUUAUUUAUUCUGGUGUUUAUUUGAUUAUUUUGUCGAAAAGGGACUGAACUGAAUUCGACUAGCCAGCGCUCAGUCAACACACUCACUCUAAACUUGUAUGCCUUGGUGCUCAGCGUACCCACAGGAUGUGUCUGUCAACACCGAUCUGUUUUGGUGGGGAGCAACUGACUGCAAGCCUGGAUCACAGGCAACCUAGUGGGACUGAGUUAGUGAUGGCGUCAGUGGCUCAAAGCAUGUUUGCCGUGCCGGGGGGUGGGGGUGGGGGUGCAUACAUUCCUGAGAGUGUGCAAAAUUAGAGAAUCCUGUCCCUCAAUAACGCUUGGAUUACAGCAUAAAAUAAACAAGAAUCAAAAUACUACGCGGUGUGUGAAGGGUAUAAAAAAAAGUGUUGAAUAUGUAUAUAGAGGCAGCUUAAAAUCAGCUAUGUGUCCGUGAAGUGGAACAAAAUCCGCAGCCUCAGUGCAUCUCAGACUAAAGUGUUUUGCUGUUUAUGUGUACACACAUGGCGUGAUGGUUGGACAAAAUACAGCCAAGAUAUCCACACAGGGACAGGAACAAACCCAACCCGCACGUUUGCAACACAUCUGCACAAAUUUAGGUCCCCAAAACUAGGCUGCCAUUUCUGCUGGUGGGGGCAUAUUUGUACAUGAAAGGAGUCUCUAGCUUUCGCUCACCACGUUUCGUCUCGUUUCGUCUUGUUUCGUCUCGCCCCAUCCUGCUGUGUGGCCCGACGGCCCCCGUGGCCUGGGGAACGGAGCGAAACAGCGCUGCGCUCUCCGCCGUUGUGUUUACCCUCAGCCUGCGCUCUCGCCAUCUGCUUCCCUCUGUCGCAUUCCACACGAGCGUAUGCCGCUUGCUUCCCCCGGGCCCUCCGCUAAGACAGAGGAAGUUGAGCGAGCUCGGUAGUCUGCAUGUGUGGCUCCCAGAGGCCCGGUUAAACUAACCGCUCCGGCUCGUCGACGCCAGCGUUGACGGAUAGGGACAGGCUGGACUCACAGAAGUUUCAGAUCAGAGAGGCCACUGGAGUUUUGAAGUCCGCAUAAGGACUGGAGAGAAGUGGGGUUGCUGGGGCAGCACAGGCGAGGAGUGAUGGAGAGGCGAUAGAAAUCUCUUGUUGUUUUGCCAAACAAUCCGCCAAUCUGUACGUGUUGAGUUCUCUGUAUUGUCUCAGGGAAAUGGAGCAGAAAGAGUGUGUUAGGAAGGAGACAGCAAGAACAGGGAGAAUGUGAUUAUGUCUAAGGGGCAUAUGAGUGUGUGUGUGUGUGUGUGUGUGUGUGUGUGUGUGUGUGUGUGUGUGUGUGUGUGUGUGUGUGUGUGUGAUGAUGUGCCCACAGAAGUGUUUUUUGACAUUGUAGAGCACACAUCAAGGAUGCUUUAUGGAGAGCGAUACAUCAAGGGCUUAACUAAAGGCUAAUUUGCUGCCAUUCAAUACUGCUAGCCGCACACCUUGUCCA